AUGGAGGCACCCGCAACUUUCUCCUGGGUGAGUUACGACAACCACAGAGUCCCCCAGGAUCCCAAGUCGCGCACCUUGAUCCGUCGCCAUGCCAUGAAGAAUGUGGCCACCACGCGGAAACAAAGGAAAAAUUAUCGCGGGAAUGUCCUACAGUAUCCAGAGUCCGUGUUACGUGGAGAAGAUGAUCCAAGUCUUUGCCAUGGCUCCAAGGCCGCUGUAAAAGGAGGCAAAAGCCAGCCACGCAAGCAUAAGCCGACGAAAAAGAAGAAAGCAGUAGACGACGACACACAAACUACCAAGCAGCAAAUCGUACGCCUCCAUACUAUAUUUGUUAAUGACGUUGAACGGAAAAUGAAUGCCGAGUUUCCCAUCUUGGAACUGAUAGCGCCCUUAACAAGUCUGCAUCUCGGAUUCGCCAGCAUCUCUUGCUUCACCUCCAAUUCCGGACGGGCUGGAGAUGUGCUUUCUACGUCGCCACUGUCACAUCUUCAGAGCCGAAGGUUACUAUCUUAUUUGCCUAGUCGAUAUGGAAAGGUCGCUGCCUUGACUUACACCGUCGAUUGCCUUGUGGCAAGAUUGAAUCAGAUUACUCGGGUUUCGGUCGCGAACUGUGCUUCUGAGGAAGAAGAUGGGAUAGUCUUUUGUCACUACGCUAAGGCUCUGAAUGAGGUUCAGAAAGCAAUCGAUGAUGACGCACUACGAAUGUCUCAAGAGACGCUGUACGCCACAGAGCUGCUUGGAGUCUUUGAGCUUUUGAAUUCUCAACCACAGAUGAAUUCUUGGAUAUGUCAUGCUGGAGGCGCUGCCCGGCUGAUUCAGCUUCGGGGCCCCGAUAGGUUUCAAACAGACUUUGAACUGGCUUUGUUCAUGGCUCAUAUUGGUCCGAUAGUCACCGAAGCAUUCCUCAGCAAUAAACUCUGUUUCCUGGCCGAAGAGCCAUGGAAAAGAGUCCUUCGCGCCGCCAUUUGCAACGACCCAUCGAUCCCUUCGACACAGAGCGAGCUUAUGCAUGAAUUGUGGUCAAGUCUCGUCUAUGGGCCAAACAUAUUCAAACUGGUCACAGAUUUGGUGCUUGCACCCGUCGAGCCCCGGCCAUCCAUCAUUGAAACGACAAUCAAGCGCAUCCAGAGGGACCUCGAUCACUUGGACAUGUGGGCAGGCUUACUGCGACGACACAAAUCCGUGGCAGAGCGAAUUUGUUCGAAAGAUAGUCCUUUGAUGGCACCAAAGUUUGCUGCUCACUGGGACUCAUCAAGAAGGUACAUGCCGUGGCAAGUCUUGCUAGGUACUCAUACUAUGUGCAGUAUGCUAAAGAGGCGGCUACUGACUUCCCUUGCGCCAACUCGCUAUCCUCACAUUGAGUUGGAGUGUCAGUCACUGGCUAGACUGGCCAUGGGACUGGAUUCCGAUACUGCUACUCCAUGCAAGGAAAAUGACCUUCCAGGAGGACUGUUUAUGGCGCAAACUAUCUGGGUAGCCAGAGCUGUCGUCAAUACAAAGACUAUGUGGUGCGAAACUGCGACAGGAAUAAACAAAGCGGGAGUACAGGAUGGGCAGCAAAGAUCAAUGAUUGAGAAGUGGAAGUUUAGACUCUGGUGUAAAGAGCUCGGGAGAACAGGAAUGUAA